ACCCUCCGUUUCCUCGACACAGCGACUGAGCCAGGCCCGGCCAAUCCCCGAGGAGCGCACUGCCGCUCGGUCGUUUUCUUGGGCAGCUUGUCCAAUGGAGGCCCCGGUUGCUCGGGGAUGGGGCCUCGGCCAUGUUGUUGUUGUGUGUUUGAAUGAGGAAGGAGCGGGAGCGAGAGAGCGAGAGAGACCGAGGCUUUUUCUGUUAAAACCAGGGUUUAGAGUUUUUUUCCCCCCGUCUGCAGCCCUUCCCUGAGAGGCUGGGGAGGAGAGAGGGCGAGGGGUUUUAUUUUUUAAAUGUUUUAUUUGUUUUGACAUUUAACAGGACGGUGCGGUCGGUUUUCAACUCCCCGGUUGAGGGACCGGAAAGCAGCGCGUUUUCGAGGUGCAGCUGGAGAGAGUUGUUUCGACUUCACUUUUUCUUUUGUAACAAAAAACAAAACAUGUUUAAUAAACUGUACGAGUGGUUGGGGAUCGCUGGUACCCCCCGGAACGGAGCGGGCGAUGGAGCAGCAACGCCGAGCCCGCACGCCCGGUGCUCAGCGAGGAAAAGACCGUGGAGCAGGGUCGGUGAAGCUGCCGACGCGGAGCCGGAGGACAGAGAAGUUAAGAAGUUCAGAAUGGGUGAGCUGUUGGGUUCUGUGAAAGACGCGGCAGACGGGAUGAGAAGCCAGGGCAGCAACGCGGUGUCCUGGGUGCGAAAUAACCUGAGCCCGGCUCUGAGCUCCGUGCUCCUAAGAGCCUCUCAGGGGACGCACAGCGACCGAGCCCGCCCUCUACCCCCGACCCCGACCCGGACCCAGACCCGCUACCUGCCGGAACAGAGCGAGUUUUUGAGGAGGACUCCCGGGCCCAUCAGCGAAACUUUCCCCCCUCCUCCCGGGAACUGCGACUGGAACGCUUCCUCCAAAACCGAGUUCUCUCAUGGUUCAGGUGAUUGUGAGGGACGCUCUGUUCCCGCGGCUGCGGUUUUUGAAAGCUGCAAAUCGAACGGACACUCUCACAGCGCGGGCCCCGCCCCGCUCCCCCGUGCCGCGGCCAGACCAGCGCAGCCCCUCCUGGGAAGAAGCCUGCGUCUCGGAGCGCGCAGAACCCACGGCAGCAGUGGUGUCAGCGGUGUGCCGUGCAGCCCCCAGCCCUGCAGCUCCAUGUAUGACGAGAGCGUCCCCGUCCGAGUGCUGGCCAGCCCGUCCCUGAGCAGCUCCUCCCUGCACAGCAGCCCCCAGAGCACCCGGAGAGGGGCGAGGAGACAGGGGCGGGGCGCUGCGGAGGAGUCUGUGCGCAGGGAGGAGAAGGAGGUGUACAGGCAGCUUCUGGAGAUGGUGUCUGGAAGCAAGCCCCGAGGAUCCCCCUCGUACACGGGCCGACACUCCCACAGAGACCUGUCCAGUUUCCUGAGCAGCAGAAGCUGCUUGAUCCGGACAGCGCCCCCUAGCUGGCUGGAGGAGGAGGACGGAGAGGAGCGGCUGGGCGGGACCUGCAGCGACUCUCCCAUUCCCAGUAGCCAGGUCUCCAGCGCACUGCCCAGUCCGCUGGCCGGGAGCAGUCCCCUGUCCAACCACGGGUUUGAGGGGGACGCUGUCUCUCUGUCAGUCCCCUCGCUCCUCAUUCAGGAUGACACACAGUCCUCGGCCCCUGACUCGGAUUCUGUGAUUUUCGUGAAGGAGCAACAUGCUAAAGAAACAGAGCCCACGAGUGCCCCAUACUUCCAUGCAGAGCUGUGGAUUAAAGAGCUGACCAGUCUGUAUGAUUCCCGCGCUCGUGGGAGACGGAGGCUGAUUGAGGAGCAGGAGGGGAUCACCCUGCAGCUGCAGAAACAGCGCCUGGUCGAGGAGGGCCGACAGAGUCAGGGGUCCGUUGAGCUCAGACUCCGCGUUCCCCUGGAGAAGGAGGUUCCCGUGGUAACCGUCAUCAAGGAGCUCAAGCCUGAGCCAAUCAGAGAAGAGGAGUUCCCGCCGUUGACUCAGGCGAUGGAGGAGGAGGUGCGGAGCGCGCUGAAGGGUGGUCACCAGGACGAGGUGCUGAGCGAGGGGUUCCGCUUGACCAUCACGCGAAAGGAUCUGCAGACACUGAGCCACCUCAACUGGCUCAACGACGAGGUGAUUAAUUUCUACAUGAACCUGCUGGCAGAGCGCAGCAAGCGGCCCGGCCUGCCCCGAGUGCACGCCUUCAACACCUUCUUCUACCCCAAAGUGCGCAGCGCCGGAUUCAGCGCCGUGCGACGCUGGACCAAGAAGGUGGACGUGUUCUCCAUGGACAUCCUGCUGGUCCCCGUCCACCUGGGCGUGCACUGGUGUCUCGCGGUUGUGGAUCUGCGGAAGAAAUCCAUCUGUUAUUUCGACUCUAUGGGAGGGACCAAUGACGAGGCCUGCAGGAUACUGCUGCAGUACCUGAAGCAGGAGAGCCAGGACAAGAGGAACACGUCCCUGGACCUGGGUGGCUGGCAGCUGCAGUGCAGGAGACGAAACGAAAUCCCUCAGCAGAUGAACGGAAGCGACUGUGGAAUGUUCACCUGUAAAUACGCCGAUUACAUCACCAAAGACAAGCCAAUCACAUUCACACAGAAACACAUGCCCUAUUUCCGACGGAGAAUGGUUUGGGAGAUUUUGAACAAGAAACUUUUGUGAGCCAGGGCAGCGAGCAGGGGCCAUGGAGAGAGACAGAGAGAGAGUCUCCUGGAGGUCUGAGGAGACCACUGGCACUUCAGACGGACAGACAGACAGAGAGACAUGACUGUACUGGACCAGCAAGCAGCCCCUCUCAGUACAGACACUAAUCUCGCUGCCACAGACGAGCAGCCCUUGAACCCAGCCAGUGUGUGUGUGGGCUGGACGCUUCCAUCCCCUCUAUUAACAAACGAGACACCAGCACGAUAUCACAAUGCACAUUUGUAUUUAUAGAUAAAGAUAUAUUUUUUUGUGUUUGUUUCAAAAUACCCUUAAGAAAACAGUUGCAGGGGUUCAUUGUGUUCUGUAUUUCUACCCCGGCUUCCGUGCUGUAAGGAGUCAGGCACUAGAGGUAUCUUAAAAAAAAAAAAAAAGAACUCUUCAAUUUGUCAACCUGGAUUUCAGAAUUUCAAACACGCAUGCAUCUAACUUAGGUAGCCUUGUUUUUGGAACAAAAAUUGUCAUUUAUGUCAAAGACUUUUUUGUAUUUCGGUCUGAACCUGCACUAAUGUGUAAUAAUAAUAAUAGUUAUUUUUAUUACUAUUUCUUAAUAUUUUGCAUGGUAGCCCCGAUCAAUGCGUCAGUACAUCAUUCACCGUGAAAUGACUCCUCUGUGAGUGUGCGGUUCUGUGUGCUGUUUGUUUGUCAAAGAAACAAGCAGAGGGGUCGCAGUUGCACCUUUUGAACAGCAGGGGGUGCCAGAGCUGCUCGUAAUGGAGCUCUGAUGCUGUUUAACUCUUUAAGGUACAAGGGACACGUGUGUCCCACUCAAAUCAAAACGGUGCUAGCGUUCUUGUCUUUGCAAUGAGGUUUCGCACGGAAAAGACUGGGUUUAAAAUGUACUGACGGGUCGCAUCCGGUCGUCCGAAUGGCCAGUUUGCUCCUCGUGAUGCGUAUAUCUGGCGGGCUGAGGCAGAAUCGUGGUGCGGGGGUGGGGGAUCAGAAUUGAAUGGACCCCAACCAACUAGCAAACAAGGCUGCAUGCUGAGGGACAUUCUGUAAAGCAGGGCUUCCCAACCCCGCUCCUUAAAAAAAAAAAAAAAAAAGUUAUCGCCAACUUGAAAUCCGCAACUGUUUAUGAGCUGAAAACAAGUUAAGAGUUCUAAUUAUGCAAAUUUAUCAGUUCAAUUCAGGGUCUAGUUGAGUAAUUGAGAGUUCAGUUGGAAUGAAAACCAGCAGACACAGGGGGUCCCCACGGCCGGGGUUGGGAAACACUGAUAUAAAGGAUUAUUAUUAUUAUUAUUAUUA